UAAAACCGUCAACUCAGUAGCCACCUCCCUCCCUGCUCAGCUGUCCAGUACUCUGGCCAGCCAUAUACUCCCCCUUCCCCCCAUACCAAACCUUCUCUGGUUCCCUGACCUCAGUGAGACAGCAGCCGGCCUGGGGACCUGGGGGAGACAUGGAGAAAGAGACGGAGGACCCCCUGGCUGGAGCUGACCCACAGAGUAGGGAAUCAUGGCUGGAGAAUUGGAUAGCAGAGUAAUAUUUCACCUCUGGAAACACCAAAUUUCUUUUUUCAGUCACUUACAGGGCUUCCGGUCAAAAUUCACUAGGUAGGAGGGUCAUCAGCUGGGAAGAACCGGCGCCUGGGAAACCUGGCUGGAUAGGUAUGGGGGAGCCAGGCCAGUCCCCUAGUCCCAGGUCCUCCCAUGGCAGUCCCCCAACUCUAAGCACUCUCACUCUCCUGCUGCUCCUCUGUGGACAUGCUCAUUCUCAAUGCAAGAUCCUCCGCUGCAAUGCUGAGUACGUAUCGUCCACUCUGAGCCUUAGAGGUGGGGGUUCAUCAGGAGCUCUUCGAGGAGGAGGAGGAGGCCGGGGUGGAGGGGUGGGCUCUGGCGGCCUCUGUCGAGCCCUCCGCUCCUAUGCGCUCUGCACUCGGCGCACCGCCCGCACCUGCCGCGGGGACCUCGCCUUCCAUUCGGCGGUACAUGGCAUCGAAGACCUGAUGAUCCAGCACAACUGCUCCCGCCAGGGCCCUACAGCCCCUCCCCCACCCCGGGGCCCCGCCCUUCCAGGCGCGGGCUCCGGCCUCCCUGCCCCGGACCCUUGUGACUAUGAAGGCCGGUUUUCCCGGCUGCAUGGUCGUCCCCCGGGGUUCUUGCAUUGCGCUUCCUUCGGGGACCCGCAUGUGCGCAGCUUCCACCAUCACUUUCACACAUGCCGUGUCCAAGGAGCUUGGCCUCUACUGGAUAAUGACUUCCUCUUUGUCCAAGCCACCAGCUCCCCCAUGGCGUUGGGGGCCAACGCUACCGCCACCCGGAAGCUCACCAUCAUAUUUAAGAACAUGCAGGAAUGCAUUGAUCAGAAGGUCUAUCAGGCUGAGGUGGAUAAUCUUCCUGUAGCCUUUGAAGAUGGUUCUAUGAAUGGAGGUGACCGACCUGGGGGAUCCAGUUUGUCGAUUCAAACUGCUAACCCUGGGAACCAUGUGGAGAUCCAAGCUGCCUACAUUGGCACAACUAUAAUCAUUCGGCAGACAGCUGGGCAGCUCUCCUUCUCCAUCAAGGUAGCAGAGGAUGUGGCCAUGGCCUUCUCAGCUGAACAGGACCUGCAGCUCUGUGUUGGGGGGUGCCCUCCAAGUCAGCGACUCUCUCGAUCAGAGCGCAAUCGUCGGGGAGCUAUAACCAUUGAUACUGCCAGACGGCUGUGCAAGGAAGGGCUUCCAGUGGAAGAUGCUUACUUCCAUUCCUGUGUCUUUGAUGUUUUAAUUUCUGGUGAUCCCAACUUUACCGUGGCAGCUCAGGCAGCACUGGAGGAUGCCCGAGCCUUCCUGCCAGACUUAGAGAAGCUGCAUCUCUUCCCCUCAGAUGCUGGGGUUCCUCUUUCCUCAGCAACCCUCUUAGCUCCACUCCUUUCUGGGCUCUUUGUUCUGUGGCUUUGCAUUCAGUAAGGGGACCAUCAGUCCCAUUACUAGUUUGGAAAUGAUUUGGAGAUACAGAUUGGCAUAGAAGAAUGUAAAGAAUCAUUAAAGGAAGCAGGGCCUAGGAGACACGUGAAACAAUGACAUUAUCCAGAGUCAGAUGAGGCUGCAGUCCAGGGUUGAAAUUAUCACAGAAUAAGGAUUCUGGGCAAGGUUACUGCAUUCCGGAUCUCUGUGGGGCUCUUCACCAAUUUUUCCAGCCUCAUUUAUAGUAAACAAAUUGUUCUAAUCCAUUUACUGCAGAUUUCACCCUUAUAAGUUUAGAGGUCAUGAAGGUUUUAAUGAUCAGUAAAGAUUUAAGGGUUGAGAUUUUUAAGAGGCAAGAGCUGAAAGCAGAAGACAUGAUCAUUAGCCAUAAGAAACUCAAAGGAGGAAGACAUAAUUAGGGAAAGAAGUCUAUUUGAUGAAUAUGUGUGUGUAAGGUAUGUUCUGCUUUCUUGAUUCAAAAAUGAAGCAGGCAUUGUCUAGCUCUUAGGUGAAGGGAGUCUCUGCUUUUGAAGAAUGGCACAGGUAGGACAGAAGUAUCAUCCCUACCCCCUAACUAAUCUGUUAUUAAAGCUACAAAUUCUUCACACCA